CAAUAAUAAGUUACGAACGAAGGUGAGAAUGCCCUGCUAUAAGAAAUGUAAAUCGAGCAAUGGCUCAGAUGCUGAUGAUGAGAACAUGCACAGCUCGUCCGGAAGAAACGUCAUUGAAUUGGCCAAAGCAGUGUAAACAAAUUGGGCCAACAUUAAUUUUAGUCAGUCGCACAAGUUCAAGCGGAACAUAACGCAAAAUCUACAAAAAAGCACGCACAUAUACUACAUACAAACACACAUGCGCACAGUAGUGCAAAGACCUCAACACCCCCAAUUGGCGCUCAUACAUAUAACUUGGAUAUUGCCCACAGAGGGUCCAGCUUUUGCUCAACGUAAAGCAAAAACAAAACAGAAUAUGAUAAACAACGUGUAAGCAGUAAGUACAGAUGUUGAGCAGAGGUGAGCUAAGCGAAAAUUAAUGAACGCGCUGCUCGGCAUGAGAGCGAGGAGACUGUGUAUACUGAGUAGGAACAGUAAGCAAGAGCUAAAAAUAAAAGACAGUUUAAAGCGCAACUUCCAUUAUGGCCGCACUGGCAUUUUGUGUGUGCAGUGCACUAGAGCAGUUCUGUGAUUUCGCGGAUGCAUUUGUGCGUUUCGGUUUAAGUGCAAGUAGAAGUUUCCAGUAUCUGCGUGCCAAACGUAAUCAAAUUGAGUUUCGACGAAAUUGUCGCGCUAUCUGGCUGCAAGAGUUAUCCCACAGACACGCAUUAUCAGUGCGAAUUGUGUACGAGAUAUUACGUCGUGUGCGUAUACCCUUGACUAGUGCCAAUUACGUGGAUCACACCAUCGAAUUAGUUAAAAAAGAAAUGCAUCGACGAGGCAUCGAUUUUGCCGCUAUCGAGGCAUCGGCCGAAGCUUAUGAGGCCAUUGAUAAUUUUGCGGUGCAACGCCGGUCUUUAGCAGGUCAAGAUUCGACGGAUGGCGGACACCGGGACUAUGACAUGGUGGAUAAUUAUGAUGACAUUGAAGUGCUCAGUGGUGAUGAAAUUGAUAGCUCCUUUUACGACUAUGUGGAACCGUUGCCCGUGUACCAGAACGAAAAGAUCGGCACCCUCAAGGAGGGCAUCAGCUUCACAGUGACCGGCAGCAUUUUGCUCAACUGCGAGCGAUUUUCCAUAAAUUUCGUCAUUGAGAACGCCACACGUGACGUCGCGCUGCACAUCAAUCCACGACUGCCGCAAAACUACAUCGUGCGCAACACGAAAGUGAAAGGCGUCUGGGGCAAGGAAGAGGUCUCAUCAGCACUGCCAUUCUCACUGCAUCGCGGCAGUAAAUUCGCCAUCCAGAUCUUCAUCACCGAUAGCGAUUAUCUGAUUUCGGUGAAUGGCGUACACUUCGCCAAGUAUGCGCAUCGCUUGCCCUACACAACAGUCUCGACGAUAGAGGUGAAGGGCGACGUAGAGGACGUGAGCAUGGAGCGCGCCGAGGUACAAUGCUAUCCGGAGCACAUACCCGGCUUCAACCCCAAAGAGAUACGCACAGCGCUGGACAUUUUCGAUGAACAGCCGAAUGGCGAUAAGACGGCGCUUAUGCCGUACGACGAGGUGGACAGCUCGAAUCUGGAUUGGGCACCGCUGGGCAUAAAGAGUUCGAUUGCCUUAAUGAAAAAUAUCGCUUGUGGCAUACCACUGCCUUACUAUGGUCUGCUGCCGGCUGACUCGCUGAAAGUGGGCCGUUGUCUGCAGAUAGUGGGGCGUGUGAAAUUGCUGCCGCAAUCGUUCUACAUCAACCUACAGAAGGGCCAACACUAUUGGCCACAUCCGAUUAUCGCAUUUCACUUUAAUCCGCGCUUCUCGAAACAGAGCGGCGCCAUAGGCAAGGCGAUUGUGUGUCGAAAUGCUUGGUACAAUGGCGCUUGGGCGGAUGAGGAACGCUCCGAAUUGGACACAGACUUUCGGCCGGGCAAAACCUUCCGUUUGGCAAUCGUGUGCGCGGAGAAUGCAUUCGAGGUGUACUUGAAUGAGAAGCUCAUCACCGACUUCAGGUAUCGCAUCAAGCCGGAUGUGGUAGAUACGGUGUACAUACAGGGUGAUAUUAAAUUGCGCAGUGUUGUGCUGCUCACCAACUUGUCGCCGAAGGGCACGAGACGCAUUUACACAAAUCCACUGUUCAGAUAUUAGUGAUGGACGGAAGAUUGAGAAAGGAGGGUACUAAAGUGAAAGUGACUGAGUUUGUUGUGGUUGAGUUCGCAUACACAUACGAAAAAAACGAGACCUCUGAAUUCCGCAACGCCGUGCGGUAUGCGGUGACUCAUAGUCCUUGAGUAUCAAAAUGGAAAAGUUGUAGAGCUUUUUUCGUCGGAUCAGAACCGAAGAAGCCAUAUUUAAUAUGGCUGUGCGAAUAGAUUUUUUAAUAUUUAAGUUUAUUUUUUGGUUUUUCAAUUGUAUAUUUGUAUAUCGUCGCUGUAAAGUUCUUUUUACCAUUGUUUAGUAGUUUAGUUAACAGCCUACCCGAAACACCUAACCUAGAUCAAAGAUUAGUAUAUAAUAUAUUGUAUAAAAUAAUAAAACUUGCUUAAGACACAAAUUUUUGCAAGUUUUUUCCAAGCAUUUUCGUGUUUAAAGUUACUGUUUUGUCCUUAAAAUGUAAGCAAAUCUUGAAUAAAAGACGUUACCAAUAUUUUUCUAAAAUAUUCUCAAAUCUAA